CAGCAUAUGUUAAUUUCCACCGUUUUUCUUAGUUUAAACAGAUUUUCCUCCGUAAUUCUCUGAUUCUUUUUCUUCGUUGCUCUCCUCCAUUCUCACUCCACCCGCUCACAAUUGAGUCGAACAGUACCCUCUCCAUGGAAUUGGCCACCUCAAUUUGCUCCAUCUCUACAAACAAUCUUCCUCUAUAUGGAUACCCGCGAAUACAAAUAGGCUCCUUCAAGUACCGCCCACUUUUCUCUCCAUGGCGUGCUACUUGCACUGCUACUAGCCCAAGGAGUUCCUUUACGAAUAUGGUUUCAAAUGGGUAUGUGGGUAGAGGCAGCAGCAGCUUUAGAUAUAAUACUAGUGCUAAUAAUAGCAAUAGCAAGAAGCUAUACACCAUAAUCGACUCUUGUUUGGUGGUACCUCCACCUAAAGGUAAAAACCCACGAGCAAUCAUCAAGUUCUUGGGUGGUGCCUUCAUUGGAGCUGUCCCGGAAGUCACCUAUGGCUACUUGAUAGAGCUAUUGGCAAAGGAAGGGUAUCUUGUUAUUUUGGUGCCGUACAAUGUGACAUUUGAUCAUGCUCAUGCUACUAGACAAGUCUAUGAGAGGUUUAAUGCUUGCUUGGAUUUAAUACUAACAUCAGGACUGCCUGAUGCCAAUUUAACUGCUGCCCAGCUUGUUGGUCUUCCACUAUUUUCUGUUGGUCAUAGCAAUGGUGCACUACUCCAAGUUCUGACAGGAAGUUAUUUCUGUGACAAGAUACCAAAGGCUAAUGUCAUAAUCUCAUUCAACAACAGGCCUGCUACAGAGGCGGUACCAUACUUUGAGCAGCUAGGUCCACUUGUUAAUCAGAUGAUGCCAAUUAUGGAGGCAAACCCUAUGUAUUCAAUGGCUAGGAGUGCCUCAGGGGAUGCUUGGAAAAUGCUAACUGAUACGGCUGGAGCAAUAAUACCAGAAAUUGAACGAGAUGCCCUAACAUCAUUAACCAAAUUUGUUGAUCAGUUGCCCUCAGUAUUGAAUCAGGUUACAGAGGGAGUAUCAGAGUUCAAGCCCAAACCUUCUGAAAAUCGUGAUUGUUUUAGGAAUUCCUAUAAUGUCCAACACACACUACUGGUGAAAUUCAGCUCUGAUACAAUUGAUGAGACGGAUCUCCUUGAAGAGACCUUGAAGCCUCGUGUUGAGUCCAUGGGUGGGACAAUAGAAAAGGUCCAAUUAAGUGGUAACCAUAUCACACCAUGCAUACAGGAACCAAAAUGGCAAGUAGGUUAUGUGUACACUCCUGCGGAUGCCAUUGCUCAAGUUCUGAAGACUCUCUCACUGAAUGAGACUAGGGUUCUCUCCAGAACCAUCAGCAACUGGUUCAGACGUUUUGAAGAUUGAAAUACCAGAGAUUCAGAAGGUUUAUAUGAAGGUGGACAUGCAACAGUAUGGUUAGUUUUAACUGUAAAUUUUGUAAUAGGACCAUUGUUAUGAGAUAAUUAGAUGUAUACUGAUUUGUCAGAGUAUCUUCUGUUGGAAAAGAAACAUACUGAAAAACAUAGGAAAAGCUUUUAUUGCAUGGAGAUGACUUUCUGUACAACUCAAUGAUAAAAAUACUAACUUAAUGUGCUGCUA